AUGUUGGACGGUUGGAACAUAAAGAAGAACCAAGUCCACUUGGUGCUGCGAGACAAUGCUGCUAACAUGGUCAAGGGAAUGAGAGAAGCAUGUGUUCCAUCUUAUGGCUGCUUUGCCCAUACACUACAGUUAGUCAUUGGGGAUGGACUGUUGUUUCAAAAAGUAGUUAAAGAUCUGCUUGCCGUCUGCCACAGAAUUGUUAGUCACUUUAAACAUUCAUCACUUGCCCAUUCACGUCUGCAAAAGAUUCAAGCUAGUCUCGGAUUACCUCAGCACCGCCUACCACAAGAUGUAUCAACCAGAUGGAAUUCCCCCCUCUACAUGCUCCAAGCAAUCAUAGAACAAAAGAUGGCCAUAGCUGCUUAUUCCUCAGAGUAUAGGAUUCCCCAACUGACAGCAACACAGCUGGAAAUAGCUGCAAAAGUUAUUGAGGUACUUGAACCUUUCGAGGAAAUCACAAAAGCAGUCUCAUCUGAUGCAUCGACCAUAUCAUUAGUCAUUCCGUUUGUUCGAAUGCUUCAUAGGACGCUGAAAGAGCAACAUAAUGACAAAGGAAUUCAGUCAAUGAAGGAUGAGAUUCUAAAGUCAUUGCAAAAGAGAUUUUCGGACAUAACUGAUAACUACUCUUUAGUCUUAGCAACACUGUUGAACCCCAGAUUCAAGGACAAGUUUUUCAGUGACACAUCAGGAAGAAGUUUUGCUAGAGGUCUUCUUCAGGAGAAAUGUCAUGAACUACUGCUAGAAACAAAAUCAGAUCCUGACUCAUGUGCAGAGGACACUUGCCCACCCUCUCCUAAGAGACCUCAAAGUUUACUUUGGAGAAGUUUCUCAGAUAUUUUAAAAGAAACGGGCUCCUGUUCAGCAAGUUCUAAGACUCCAUCGAACAUUGACCAUUAUCUGUCAGAACCAGUAAUAGAUUUUCACCAGGCCAGCUGUGACAGCUGGUGGAUGGAAAACAACAGAAGAUUUCCACUUCUGUCAGAGCUUGCACAACGCUACUUAAGUGCCCCUGCAACAUCUGUUCCCUCAGAAAGGGUUUUCUCUGAUGCUGGCAACAUCUGUAAUGAUAAACGUAACAGGCUAGCACCCGAGCGAACAGAAACAUUGUUAUUUAUUAAGAAGAACUUUGACAUAUGUAAAAAAUGA